AUGGAUUGUUCAAUCUGCAGUGCCAUGCCAUUCAUUUUAAGGCCACCGAGAAAUACAAUCUGCGCAUCCUGCUACGAAGCCGCGAAAACCAUAAUCACCUUCACCAACAAAUAUGACAGUAGCGACAACAAUAAGGGGAUAUUGGACAACAACAAGCAAACCAAUUAUGCAGUUUCUCCCGCCAAGGGGUUUACUAAUGCAUUGAAAUGGGUGAAAGAAAUGAAAGAGAUGGAAGAGGAACUAAACGAAAAGCUAAACUUCCUGAGUGGAUUUGUUGCUGCAUUUAGGCAUCAGAUUCACCCAGAUAUUCUUGUCAAACCUGGAAAUAAUGGACCCCCUUUACCAGCGCACAGAGCAUUAUUGGCAGCAAGAUCUGACAUUUUCAGAAACCUGUUAGACUCAGACGGGUGCAAAGCAGCUCCAACAGACACCAUAACAUUUGAAGAAUUGAAUUAUGAAGAACUCGAAUCCCUUCUGGAGUUCCUAUACAGUGGAGAUUUGGCGACAGAUAAGGUGGAAAAACACGUUUACUCGUUGUCAAUCGCUGCAGACAAGUAUGAAAUCCCGUUUCUACAGAAAUUCUGCGAGCAUCAAAUGCUGGGAUCAUUAAACACAUCGAAUGUUCUUGAUAUCCUAGAAAUAGCAGAUACUUGUUCCAACCCAUCUUUAAAGGAGACUGCCCUGAAUUUCAUUGUCAAAAACAUGGAAGAUGUUGUGUUUUCGGAUAGAUUUGACGCAUUUGCGCUCAAGAAUCCUCAUUUGACUGUACAGAUCACAAGGGCUUCUUUCAUGGACAUUAAAAAUAAGAGAAGCCCAAUCUGA